AAAUUGUUGAAUCUCGAGUAGUACGAAAAAGGACAAAUUCCCUGAGGAAAACAUAAUAAAAAAGAAAAUCGGCAAAGAAAGGAGUUUUCUUCUGAUAAAGACUAGUCUCGUCUUGUCUCUAAAAGAGGUCUUUCCUUUCUUCUUCUCUUCUUUCUCUGCCGCGUCUUUGAUUUUGUUUUGGAGGAAAAAAAAAGGGAUAGAGAAUGAAGGGAGAUAUGGAGGAGGAAGCACGGUUAUUGAAGGUAGGAGAAGAUUCAAGAAGAGAGAUUGGGUUUACAUGGGGUGUGUUUGUGCAAGAAGCAAAGGUUGCAAGUUAUAUUGGCGGUCCAAUGGUUGCUGUUACCUUAUCUAUGUAUCUAUUACAAGUUGUAUCUAUGAUGAUGGUUGGUCAUCUUGGUGAACUUUCUUUAUCUAGUGCUGCCCUUGCUACUUCCCUUUGUGGUGUUACUGGUUUCAGCCUUAUGCUAGGAAUGGCAAGUGGAUUGGAAACUCUAUCAGGACAAGCUUUUGGCGCAAAGCAAUAUCGAAAACUAGGGGUUUAUACUUGGAGUGCAACAAUCUCUCUUACCUUGGUUUGCAUCCCAAUUGCUCUCCUAUGGGUUUCGAUUGGGAAACUACUUACUUUCACAGGUCAAGACCCCUUAAUCGCACUUGAAGCUGGCAAAUAUGCGACAAGUUUGAUCCCUGCAGUAUUUGCUUAUGCAGCUCUUCAGCCGCUAAUGAGAUAUUUCCAAUCUCAGAGUCUAAUCAUUCCCAUGCUAUUAAGUACUUCAAUUGCAGCAGUUAUCCACAUACCUCUUUGUUGGGUUUUAGUUUAUAAAUCUGGGUUGGGAAGUAUUGGAGCUGGUUUAGCAAUUGGUAUAUCAUACUGGAUCAAUGUGGUCUUUCUCGGAUUAUAUGUGGCAUAUUCUCCCUCAUGUGAGUUAACUCGUACGUCCCUAACAAAGGAAGCAUUUCAAGGGUGUGGAGAGUUCUUACGUAUAUCGGUUCCUUCUGCUGUAAUGAUUUGUCUGGAAUGGUGGUCAUUUGAGUUAUUAAUCCUUCUAUCUGGACUUUUACCUAAGCCACAACUCGAAACCUCAGUACUCUCCAUAUGCCUUACGACUAUUUCGUUGGUCUAUAUGAUACCGUAUGGAAUUGCUGCUGCUGUAAGCACUCGAGUUUCAAAUGAAUUAGGAGCUGGGAGACCACAAGCUGCGCGUUUGGCUGUCUGCUCCGUGAUGAUUAUUGCGCUAAUUGAGUUGGUUGUAAUAAGCGUGGGGCUCUUUGCUUGUCGUAAUAUUAUGGGAUAUGCUUACAGCAAUGAGAAGGAAGUUGUAGACUACGUGACAGACAUGGUACCCUUAAUUUGUGUGUCUGUUAUAGUGGACAGCCUACAAGGUGUCCUCUCAGGUGUUGCUAGAGGGUGCGGGUGGCAGCAUAUAGGUGCUUAUGUAAAUUUAGGAGCAUUUUAUCUUGCUGGAAUUCCUGUAGCCGUUUUGUUGGGUUUUCAUCUACAUUACGGGGGCAGGGGACUUUGGAUUGGAAUAUUAACUGGAUCUCUUAUACAGACAGCUAUGCUCGCUUUUAUAACCUGUCGAACUGAUUGGGAAUAUCAGGCAAGGAACGCAAAGGAAAGGAUGCAUCAAGGGCCUGAAGUUUCAGUAGCAUGAAUGAACUGAGGCGAGAAAAAGUAACGUAGACUGACGGAAGAAUAUAUCCCUGCUUUGGCAUUUUGAAGUUCUGUAGCGGCGGAUAAGUUAAGGCAUUGAUGACAACGAACUUCCACUGUUGAGAAAAGAUAUCCCUGUUCGGCCAUUUUUGAUACUCCUGUAAACAAAUGGAUAAUCCCUUUCUAUCCGUUUGAGUAAUUUUUAGACAUUCCACUUUGAUAACCCCUCUCUCCAGUAGAAUACUUACUAUCUGGCGUUCUAGCUAGAGUUAGUGGGUUUUAUGGGUGUUAUGCAACUAAACUGUAACUUGAAAAAAAAAAUGUUAAGGAAGCAGUUCUCGCAAAAAUG